AUGGACAAGCCAAGCGCUUGGUGCGCUCCGCCAGGCUGUCCGAGGCCCCCUAUCUUUCUGUGCCUGCUGAUCCUGACCACUUCCUUCCUAAUGUACCCCAUGCUCAGGACCAUUAGCCUGCAGCUGCACUCAGCUAUCACUGGCAGCUAUGUUUCUGGCACCCACUCCAUUGUCUUUGUCAACUGUCCCAACGAGCAAAUUGCCAAAGACAUUGCCAGAGCGAUACUGGAUAAGAAGCUGGCUGCCUCUGUGAACAUCCUGCCCAGAGCUGCUUCACUGUACUUUUGGAAAGGAGAAAUUGAAGAAGCCACUGAGAUCCUGUUGUUAAUCAAAACAAAGACUUCCAAGGUCCUUCUGUUGUCCAGCUAUAUCAGGUUGAUCCAUCCUUUUGAAAUCCCGGAAGUCUUCAGUCUUCCCAUGGACCAUGGAGAUGUACAGUAUUUAAAGUGGCUUGAGGAGGGUAUGGAGGAAGACUGA